AUGGCUUGGGAUUCGGGUUCAGAGCAGAAUGAGACCGCCAACGCGUGGGAGGUCAACGCUGAAGAGAGAACGGCAGAAUACCAGCGUACAACCAUGCGGAGGAACGAAGACGUACUCACCGGCGGCGAUGAUGUGGAAGACGCAGGCGUCGCGCUGCUGCCCGGCCGUGUUGAAGGCCGUGCACAUGAGCGUGCCGUAGUCGAGCUCGCUGACGGGCGUGUAGGUGAGCACGGAGGCGGCGCGCGCCCCGCCCUGCGAGCGGAAGCGCGCCUCGGGCACUUCCACCACGGCGUCCGAGCUGCCCGAGUGGUUGAAGCUCCAGCGGAA